CACUUGCAAUUGUCAUUCCUGUUGCACAUAAAUGAACUGUCAAUUUUCUAACCUUGUUUGGUAAUGAGAAUAAAAACAUUAUUUUUCUUUUAAAAUUGUUGUAAUUUCCUUGUUGUUGUUUUUUUCGUCAUGUUAAAAAAUCGUGAUCUAUUGUAUCCAAUGUGGGUAAAAUAAUUUUUAAAACUUUUAAGUUGAUAGUUGUUGAGACGUUUAUUGAAUUAUUUUAUAAAAUAAAAAUAGUUCAAUUUACCACGGUAUUGAUCUUCGGUAUUUUCAUUGCUAUUUCAAACAGGUACAUAAAGAAGACACACAGCAAUAUUAUAAGGACAAUAGUUACAAAAUGAGAGCACCUUGCAAGUAUGAUGUUAAUUCCUGCGUACUGAUCAUCAGGUUCAAAUGAUGUCAGCUGUGAGCGGCGAGCCGAUACUGAGGCGGGUGAAGCAGGAGGUGGAGCCUCCGCCCCAGUACUCGCCCACGGAGCAUCACAGACCGAUGCAGAUGUUGGAGACAUGCAAUCUCGAAUUGGAACCUAAAGAGGAAGCGAGGUUCUGCGUGUCACCAGGCGAGGCCGGUGUGGUUGGGAACGCGAGUCCUGAACAACAGCACUGUUCGUCGACCACGGCCGCGGCCGCCAGCGGAGCCCGAGAUGACGACGCUCCCAGGAGACUCUGCCUCGUCUGCGGAGACAUCGCCUCGGGCUUCCAUUACGGAGUCGCCAGCUGCGAGGCCUGCAAGGCAUUCUUCAAACGGACUAUACAGGGCAACAUAGAGUACACGUGCCCGGCCGCUAACGAGUGUGAGAUAAACAAGAGGAGACGGAAGGCGUGCCAGGCGUGCAGGUUCAGGAAGUGUCUGAGGACGGGCAUGCUGAGGGAGGGCGUGAGGCUGGACCGGGUGAGGGGGGGCAGGCAGAAGUACAGGAGGGGGGAGCACGCGGCCACCGGCCAGCACAGGCCCGCCCUCGAUGAUAUCAAGGUCCUGGAGGCCCUAACGUCUUACGAGCCCGAGUUAUUGUCGUGCGGGUCUGUGCCGCCCGGGGUGACGGAGCCCAACUCUCGUACGUUGGCGCUCCUCGCCGAUAUCUACGACAGGGAGCUCGUGGGAGUCAUUGGUUGGGCGAAACAGAUACCGGGCUUCACGGACCUCGCGCUCAAUGAUCAGAUGCGUCUGCUGCAGAGCACGUGGGCCGAGAUGUUGAGUCUGAUGGUGGCCUACAGGUCCAUGUCUGCGGGCGGAGCGCUCCGGCUGAGGUUCGCUGCUGACCUGGCGCUGGACGAGCAGCAGGCCAGGGACCUCGGGGCUCACGACCUUUAUCUACAGGUGGCCGGAGUGACCCGGCGCCUGGAGCGUGCGUCCGCCCAGCGUGAGGAGUGCUACCUGUUGAAGGCGCUCGCCCUCGCCAACUCCGAGGCUCGUAUCGACGAGCACGCCGCCCUCAAACGGUUCAGGGACGCCAUACUGGCCGCUCUCAACGACGCCGUGUCCGCGCUGAGGCCCUACAACGCCAACGCGUCGCUGCAGCAGCUGCUGCUGGUGUUGCCGGCGCUGCGGCUGGCGGACGUCGCCGUGCGUCGCUUCUGGGCCGGCGUCCAUCGAGACAGACGCGCGCCCAUGAACAAGCUGUUCGUGGAGAUGCUCGAGGCCUGCCUGCGGUAGACCGCCUCCGAGCCCGAUCUCUGGUUGUGAUCGAUGUGAACGUUGUACCUUAGUCCCCGUCUAACCCUCGCCGGAUGACGUAUCCGAGCGCGUUUCGUUCUGUCAUAUCUGUCUGCAUUUAGUGCCCCGGCUGUGCUAUGUGUAUAGCUGUGUGAGCGGAGCCGGUCCGUCUGUGUGGCUGUGAUGUGGCGACUGUACGGUUCGUGAGCGACCGCACCGCGUUCCGCGACUAAUGUACAAAAUGGAAGGAUGUAGUACAAAACUUGUUACUAUUUUUGUAUAAUACUAAAAGUAUAUUAUGUAGGUUAAUGGUGACUGUUUUGAGAUUAUGUGGCCGAGGAAUACCGUUCGGGACUUGACACGGCUGGCACCGAUCAACUCCUCUAACGGCUUUUAUGAAGUUUUUGAUCACUCGAGACUAACGGCCGCUUGGUAGUCGCGGGGUGUUUUUGUAUCUCAGUAGCUUCCCGCCGCCGACUCCGACUCCACAUGUUCCCUAUCCGUCGCCGUAUUCGGCUGUUUUAUUCACGUGGAGAGCUUCACACCAUGGUCGGUGCGAGGCUGCAGAAGCCCGCUUCUAUUCCGCGAGAGAUCAUAGAGUUGUAAAAAUAAAAACCAACAGGAGCUCUAUGGUUUCUCGUCCCGUACGUUAAGUAUCACCAUAGACAGUUAUUUUAAAUCAUUAAUAGUACUAUAGAUAUCUAUGUCUAGAGCUGUUCCACUGAGUUAUUGUAUACCUAGAUAUAUAUCUCAUCCACAUAGACUUAUUUUUUGGAUUGUUACAGAGAGUUAUUUUAUUAUGAAAGUGGAACAGUAAUAAUAAUGAAUACCUCAAUACUGUUACCAUGUAAUGUGUCAUUUUUGUAAGUUCCGAACUUGCACCCGCUAAUGUUUCCGCUUGUCGUCGUACAAGCUAUGACGUAAUUUCCGCUCGUCCCACAUCCUGAACCAUCGUAGAAUAAGACUCGUAGGAAUUGUUUUUUUUAAGUUUACUUUACGAUGCAAUAAAAUAGCAUAUGAUCGUCAAUUAUGUGAUAUUUCUGAUACUUUACUAUAACAGCCUUACCACUCGUCCGCAGCGUCACACUGAGCACGGAUAGUUUGUAGUAUUCCAUUCAUGAAUCAUCGCACACCAUACUACUGAUAGUAAACAAAAUACUUUGAACUGUCCGUGCUCAGGUCGUCGUUAACUCGCACUGAGCUACUGAUCGUCGACAUGUCAAGCUACCAGCUGUCCGCCAGCUGUAGCCGCUCGCCGCAGCCCGUGCGGGGAGGGCGUGUGCAUUUAAACACCGAGCGAUCGUUCAGUGCGCGCGCGACGGUCAGCGCGUGUCCUCCGAGCGCGCGUCCCCUGUAUUUGUUCUUAUGUUAAGAAUAUUGGAGUUAUUUAUAGUCGUAACGUAAGCGCUGCCGCAGCGUCGGGUGUGAUACUUGUACAAAUGUGAGAUGUGCCAGAUUAGUUGUAAGUUUUCGUUUUUUAUUAUGCUUCAGUUAGAUGUUACUGUUGAGGCGAGGCUGCGGUUCAAUCGAGACGCGAUCUGUUUGGCUCCCCGUCAGUGAGCAGACUCGCGUCGGUGUGUUUUGUGCGCCGAUGCCGGCGGUUCCUGGAGUCGAGUCUCAAUAGUAACGACAGAUCCUUUCCACUAGGAGCCGUCCGCGGUCUCAUACUGUAUUGAAUGAAUUGUAUGUUUAUUUGUUUACAAGACGUUACUACAAACCGGUCUCGACGAUUGUGAAAUAAAUUAUAAAAUUUU